CAAGUAGAUUUACUUGUAAUUCCCUACAGAUUAAGGAAUAAUGAAGAAGAUAAUAUAUGGUAUGAUGAUAAUUCUAAUGUGAGCCAAUCUUCAAAUAAAAAAAAAAGGAUAUUAUCACUAAUAGAUAAGAUAUUACAAUUAGAAACUGGCUCACAUAAAUUUUUGAAUAAAGAAUCUAAACUUUUUUCAGAAUCAGAUGUUGAAUCUCUUGAAAAUAUACAAUGUAAAAUAGAAAAUAUAGAUAUUUCAGAGAUAUUUUCAGAUACUGCAUCUGAAUGUGUUCUUAUGAACAAAGCAUUAAAUAAUGUAUUAGGGUGA